AUGAGCUACGGAGCCGAAAUCUAUUCCUCUUCAUCCUACCGGAAGAUUUUCGGAGACUCUGCACGUUUCUCGUCGUCACCAUCCAGAAUUAGUGGCCCUCGAAGCGGCUACCCAUCCAGGACCACCAGCUCGAGUCUGGGCUCCUAUAAGCGCAUCGGGCGCAUCGGCUUCCCAUUAUCUACCUCUCCGAUGGGGAUGGACACGUUUGACUUGGCGCAGAGCGCCGCGGUGAGCAACGAACUCAAGAUCAUUCGGACAAAUGAGAAAGAGCAGAUGCAGGGCUUGAACGACCGCUUCGCCACGUUCAUAGAGAAAGUGCGCUAUGUGGAGCAGCAAAACAAGGCGCUGGAGGCCGAGCUGGCUGCGCUGCGUCAGCGCCACUCAGAGCCGUCGCGUCUCGCCGACCUGUACCAGCAGGAGAUCCGGGAACUGCGUGCGCAGCUGGAGCAGGUGUGCGCGGACAGAGAGCGCACUGCACUGGAGCGCGACGCCGCCGAAGAGGAGCUGCACAAGGCGCAGGAGCGCUGUGAGGAAGAGGCGCGCCGGCGCAAUGAAGCCGAACGCACGCUGCAGGCUUUCCGUAAGGAUGUAGACGACGCGUCUCUGGCGCGCCUCGACUUGGAGAGGAAGGUCGAGUCCCUGCUGGACGAGAUCGGCUUCCUGCGUAAGGUGCACGACGAAGAGGUGGCCGAGCUCACCAGCGUCAUCCAGGCGUCGCAGGUGUCCGUGGAGGUCGAGGUGGCCAAGCCCGACCUGACCUCUGCUCUCAAGGAGAUCCGCGUGCAGUAUGAAUCGCUCGCCUCUAAAAACCUGCAGUCAGCCGAGGAGUGGUACCGAUCCAAGUUCGCCGACCUGAACGAGCAGGCGAGCCGCAGCAACGAGGCGAUCCGCGCCAGCCGCGAAGAGGUCAACGAGUUCAGGCGUCAGCUGCAGUCCAGGACCAUCGAGAUCGAAAGCCUUCGCGGCACCAACGAGUCCUUGGAGAGGCAGAUCCGUGAGAUGGAGGACCGGCACAACGUCGAGGUCGUCGGUCUUCAGGAUGCAAUUGGUGAGCUGGAGAAUGAGCUAAGGACCACUAAGAAUGAAAUGGCUCGUCACUUGAGGGAAUACCAGGACCUUUUGAAUGUCAAGAUGGCCCUGGAUAUUGAGAUUGCUGCUUACAGGAAACUUCUGGAAGGAGAGGAGACACGCCUAAGCACUGGUAUCACCUACCCCAUCCCAGGCUCCAUGUCCAGCACCCAGAGCUACAACUACCAGAGCCGUAUCUACACCAGCUCUACCAAGAGCACCAAGAAGGAGAGAGGAGACGAUGAGGACAAACCGAGUGGCGGCUCCGACAACUCUUCUUCCAAGAAGGGUGAAAAGCAUGAUUCUGGAGAUGCUGAAAUUGUCACCUCAAAGAACUAGCUCCUUCCUUAUUUCACUCUCCCCCCUCCCCUCCCCUCCCCUCCCCUCCCCUCCCCUCC